GGGCCUGGAUGCCUGCUCUGUUUGUAGGUCUGGGGUCUCUAGAAGCCGAGUACCUAGCACCUGUCCCGCAGCUCUGGACUCCCACUCUUUGUCCCCGGUGUCCUCACCGGUCUACGGGUGGACACCGCGCGUGGUCAACAGGGUCAUAUAGAUUCCGUGGCCCAUUUUAAAACAAAGCUCAAUUAUAAGCGCUGUUUAUUCAAGCCCAGUUUCAGAUCCCCGAGGGCUGCUGUCAACUAGAACCCACCGGAAGCUCCAUCCGGGCAAAUGGAACCGGGCUCGUAGCCUCGUGAUCAACCGGUUUGAGGCUAUCAGCUCGUUCAGGUCCGGACUGCUAGAACCUAGGCAGAUCUCUGUGUGGUGGGCAGAGAGUUGAGGACCCAGUCUCCCUUUUGGUGCGAUCGGACGUACUGCGUGUUUGGUAACUGAACAUCAAUCGCUAAAGGUGGCAGGGACAGUAAUGCCUCUAUCUCCGGGACCCCCAUCUUCCCAUAAUCUCCGCUCCCCUCUGGCCAGGACUGUACGCUGCUGCGUUGGUUCUAAAGUGCGUCACGGACGGGCACCGGCCGCGCCGCUCCACCGGCCUGGGUGAGGUUGGCGCCCGGCCAGCGCAGGCUGGGCCAGCAGCUCUUGGCCAUCACCCCGCCUAGAGACCCGGGUGUGGAAAGCGCUCAAGUUGCGCAGCAUCGGGAUCGCUGCUGGAGACGCUCUCCGCUAGGGGCUCGGCGCCCCGGAUCGGCCUCAGCAAUGCUCCGGGGCACGAGGUGACACCCCCUAGACUCUCUAGGCUCUCUAGGCGCGUGGAACCAGGGAGAUUUCUUCAGAAGAAACUACGCCUCGGCCUCCCUGGGAUCCUUGCCCCGCCCCAGGUCUCCGCCCCCUCCCCUUGGCUUGGGAUCCAGGACCCGGUGGCGACCGCCUAAGAAGCUCCAGCAGACUGGACCAGGAGGCGGCAGGGGGCUGGGAGCCGGUGGCUACGGACUCGCCCCGCCAUGUGACGCGAUCCUCCUGCCUGCGAUCCCAGCACUGGCGCCCGCGCCCAGCCGCGCCGCGCAUCAUGGUCUUGCCGGGACACCCGCGUCCGCCGCCCGCGCCACAGCCAGCGCAGAAUCCCGGCCUCCGCAGGCAGGUAGAGCCUCCGGGGCAGCUUCUGCGCCUCUUCUACUGCACGGUCCUAGUGUGCUCCAAAGAGACCUCCGCGCUCACCGAUUUUUCCGGUUACUUAACCAAACUCCUGCAAAACCACACCGCCUAUGCCUGUGACGGGGACUAUUUGAAUCUGCAGUGUCCUCGGCAUUCAACAAUAAGUGUGCAGUCGGCAUUUUAUGGGCAAGAUUUCCAAAGGUGUAGCUCCCAGGAGCCCACCUCCCAGAGGGAAGACAACUUGACCUGUGUGGCAUCCACCGCUUUGCAGAAGGUGCUGGACGAGUGCCAGAACCAGCGGGCCUGCCACCUCCUAGUCAAUAGCCGAGUCUUCGGACCUGACCUUUGUCCAGGAAGCAGUAAAUACCUCCUGGUCUCCUUUAAAUGCCAACCUAAUGAGUUGAAAAACAAGACAGUGUGUGAAGACCAGGAACUGAAGCUUCACUGCCACGGGUCCAAGUUUCUCAACAUCUACUCUGCCGCCUACGGCCGGAGGACCCAGCAGACAGACAUCUGUUCCUCCGGGGCGGAGCUGCUGCCCCCCUUUGACUGCCUGUCUUACACGGCUUCACAAGUCCUGUCCAGAAGGUGCUACGGGAAGCAGAGAUGUAAGGUCCUCGUCGAUAAUUACCACUUCGGAAGCCCCUGUCUUCCAGGAGUGAAAAAAUACCUCACUGUUGCCUACGCGUGUGUUCCCAAGAACAUACUCACGGCGGUUGACCCAGCCGUUGCUAACCUAAAUCCCUCUCUGAAGAAAGAUGAUGAAUACGGUAUAAAAUUCAACCCAAGCGGAUCGAGGGUGGUGCGGAAAGACGGGGUUAUUGUCAGCAACUCUCUGGCUGCGUUUGCUUACAUUCGAGCCCACCCCGAGAGAGCCGCUCUGCUGUUCGUGUCUAGUGUCUGCAUCGGCCUGCUCCUCACACUGUGUGCCCUGGUCAUCAGAGUGUCCUGCACCAAGGACUUCCAGGAGCUGAGGCAGGGGAGGGAGCACCUGGUGCAAGGGAGUGACAAGGCGGAGGAGGACAGUGAGGAGGACGUGGAAGAGGAGGACUCCUCAGAUUCUGAGUUUCCUGUGGAAUUGUCCAGGUUUUGUAGGACUACGUAUCCAGCCUAUAGCUCUAUAGAAGCCGCUGAGCUGGCAGAAAGGAUUGAGCGCAGGGAGCAAAUCAUUCAAGAAAUAUGGAUGAACAGUGGCCUAGACUCCUCGCUCCCCAGGAACAUGGGCCAUUUCUACUGAAAACCAGAUGCAUCUGGAUAAGAUUAUACUUUCUGAAGAAGGAAGGAUCCAGAAUGCGCUGUCUCCCCACCCUCUCCAGUUCUGGUCCACUUGUACCUUCUAUGAAGGAGAACCUGUCAUGUCAUCCGAGAUGGGUGAAGCCGGAAAGGUGUCACAGGGACGCCUCACUGUUUACAGCACACCCCGGAAUAAAUUGGGAGGAAGACGUGGA